UCAGUCAAGUCUGGUCUCUGGCAAAGUGCACAACAGUUGAGGACUGUGUGUAUAGCCUCAAGAUAGAUCACGAUCAUCUUGCAUCAUUUCAUCACCAUCUUGCCAAUUUCAGCAAAUAUCGUGCGAUUUAUUGCACUCUGAAGAGUCAUCAAACUUUUUGUACAGUGAUCUUUUGAGGUCUAUUCGAGUGAUUUCUGUGAUCGAUCGUUUAAGACAUCUUUUAUUUUUUUUUAAUGGUUUUAUAUUGUAUGUUGUGUAGUGUUCUUGCGAUCGUGCUUGAUCGUCUUUGGUGUUCAAAUUGUGCACAUUUUCCUUCCACAAUUGUACGCGCUUGACCGGUUUUCUUUCGUCAAGACCUCCUCCUCCUCCUCCUCCUCUACCGUCCCCCGCGUACUUUUUCUACCACUCUUUGGCGACUUUUGUUACUUCAUCGCCUCUCGGCGGAAUGCUAAAAAAGCCAGUGAUCUGGAACGUCUAAGACCAGAACACAGGCUCUGCUGUAUAUGAUAUUGUGUUGUGCUGAAAGAAUUCCAUUUGUGAACAAUGUUUGGUAUUCUGUUGCGACAGUGUGUACAGACAACUCCUUCAAGAUUAGCAUCUUGAACAGGCAAAUAGUGAAUAUAUUCCAAUUGUUUGGAUAUUUUUGAAACCUUAGGAGUUUCAAUUGGUGAUUAAAAUGUGGAAUAAAUUGUUCAAGAGAAAAAGCAGUAAGGGUCUACUGAAGACCCAUCAAAAAGCCGGAAUUGAUAAUGGCAAGUGCAAUAGAGAUAACGAUGAAGAUGGUGAUACAUGGAGUGAUUCUGGAAGUCAAUCAGUCGACAGUGUCUCUGUCAAUGACCCGAAAACUAUGGCAAUUCAUCAAUUCCGAAACCACUUCAAUUCAUCUUCUACUUCAUCAGCAGCAUCUUCAGUAUACGACAGUAUGUUUGAGAAGGCGACUGAAAUGGAACUGGAACCUUGCCCAUUCUGUGGUCGUACCUUUGUUCCAUCCACCCUCGAGAAGCACGUGACAAUUUGUGAGAAAACAGCCACGAAGAAACGCAAGCAAUUCGAUUCAUCGAGACAGAGAUUGGAGGGUACCGAGCUGGCUACAUAUCUGCCAAAAAGCUAUGGUUUGACCAACGGAAGAGAUUCACGAGUUUCACCACCAAAAACGAAUACACUCAGACGAGGAUCACAUAUGCGAUCACCGUCCAUCGAGAGGCGAUCUUCAACACAAUCACUGAAUUCCGUGGGGAAAGAAUCGAACAUUGGAACAUCAGGAAGAAAACGUGCAAUUGCACCUCCCCAGGCAGAAAAAUGUCCCCACUGCGAAAGGACAUUUGGGAUGAGGGCCUACGAUCGUCAUGUGGAAUGGUGCGGAGAAAAGGCCAAACUACUCGACAAGAGCACCUCACCAACUGUAAGUGCGGCAAAAGAGCGUCUCAAUGCAAGAAUCAACUACAAAGCACCGUCCCUCAAAACAAAACGUGGAAUGAAUAGAGAGAAAUACUCGCCAGGUUUUGAUGAUUGCUAUUCAGAAUGUGGCACAAUGACGCCCAAUUCAAUUGUCUCCUGCAAUCCAAGAAUUGACUUUGGGCGAAAGAACUCGACAAACUCAAUGACGUCAUCAAUUACAAGCGAAAGUGGCUUUUCUGACAAAUACGAUCCCUUUGUUUCGGCCAAGCGCCAACUGGAAGAACUCUUCUCACCAUCACAGCCCACAAAACCCGUUCCAACUACAAGAAAAUCCCCUGGAAAAAGCCUUCAUACAAAUGGAUCGAAACCAAACAAUCUUACAAGUCCAACAUCUCAGCUCAAUCAACUGAAAACCUCCAACUUCCGACGAACAUCUUCCCUGCGAAUGCCCAAAAAAACCUCUCCGCCAAAGACAUUCUACCAAUCACGCCCAUCCGUAUCCAAAAUCCAACGUGGUAUUUCGGAUGAAGGUCCCAUAAGCUCAAAUUUCGUCAAACCAGAGGAGUACGAUGAGAUGCCAGUGAGAUCGGUGUAUGCAACAGAUUUCGCAGGAAAGAAAUCUCCAGCUCAGACUCCAACAAGUCUCACCAGUCGAAGAAAUUUGCGACUGGAUCUCAAAAAGACCAAUCUUCCAUCCAGUGAUUUUCCAAUUGCCAAGACGGAUUCUCUAGCUGUCUUUCUCAACUACGAACGUGAUCUCAAUGCUGCUCCAUCAAUGUCAGAGAAGGAAUUGAAAGACAAGAGUAACAGUUUGAGAUCACAACAAAAGACACCGUCAGAUUCUCCAGAAGUGGCUGAAAUGCAAAUUCGACCAUCACGUUUGGCACCUCUGGACAAACCACCAAAACUAACCCCCAUCACCCUGGAUCAAAUCCUAAAGCCCCACGAGAAGAUCGACGGAGGAACAUUUAUUGAUCCUAAACUUAUAAAUUUGUGUGAUAAUCUCACGGUGAAUGUGGGUAAAUUAUCAUCAGACUCCUCUGAGACGGUGAGUAGCAGUGGAUCGCACGAGACGAUGAAAUCACCCACCAAAAUUCCCGAUAAUCGCAUCACGAGCAACAACCAAAGAAAUACCUGUCCAGAGAAGAAUCGUACACAUUUGAGGCGACAAGUGAAGCUCGAUCGAAAUAAUUUUCUAUUCGAUAUGGCACCCAAAAGUGCUCCAGUGGAUGCACCCUCAGAUCCCUACAGUGAUGCCUAUGAUCAAACCAUUGAGCUAAUUGAUGCUGAUACCAGGAAAAUUCCUGCAAAUUUCGACGAGAUCUUCAAUGAUUUUGAUUUUGACGAAUUUCUCACGUCUUUUGAGGAUGACGACCAAUUUCCCAUCUUCAGGGAUUACAAAGAGCUUAUGCUCAAUCGACAGAGACGCGGAAGAGAUAAGACAGCUGAUGAUAAUUCCCUCCACAGAUCGCCACCAGAGUGUAGGAAUAAAUCAGACGUAGAAGAUGAGAGAGUUAUCAAGAGUGAGGAGAAAAAUAUCCCAACACCGCCUAAGGAAGUUCAACAGGAAGCCGCUGAAGCGACAGAGGAGGAUGUCAGUAGUCCGGAAGUUCCCUCUCCAAUGGAACCCAUUGAUACAAAUUACGCGGAAAAGGCAAAAUCCGCAACGACACCAAAACAGCGCGACAGCUUUGAAGAAGCUGAACACCAACUCUUGCAAAGUGUCAGGGAAUUGGAUCUAAUGUGCAGCUCCGAGGAUGACCCCAAAACUUCUACACCCAACACUCCCCUCCAGGAAAGUCCCAAAAUGUGCAAAUUCUGCCACGAAUGUGGCUCACGAUUCCUCGUGGACACAGCAAAAUUCUGCAUGGAAUGUGGCGUUAAGAGGAUUGUCAUGUAAAGAGAAAAAGCUUCCUCUAAAAAAAAAUUUUAUGAUCUACACUAAUGCUGGUCAAAAGAAUCUAGUUCUGUUUUUUUUUAUACAAUCAACAAAAUAUACAUUUACUUUUAAUUGCUAAACAAUUAAUUAAAAUUAGCGUGUGAAAUAGUGAGGAGAAAAUUGUAGUUUUUAAGUUACCAUCCUAACUUUUCAAUUUAUGUAUAACACAAAACUAUUUAAUGCAGACUAAUAAGAGACUGAGAUUAUGGAUUUUUCACAUGAAAAAAAGAAACUGGAAAAAAAUCACCAAUUUUAGGUGGUUUUAACAUGAGAGUUUUCUUUUUGUCUUUUUACAUCUUCUUCUUUCAUCACAAAAAAAAAGAGAGUUAAAAAAAUCCUAACAUCCCCUAUAUAACAAUUUUAUGCAACAAAAUAAAUUUGUGAAAUAAAGAGAUAAUAUUCAUAAAAUUAAAAAAAAAAA